UAAUAGACUCAUGAUGAGCAGAAAGACACUGAGUGACGUCCUCGUGCAGGGACUGGAGGAUCUUGCAGAGCAAGACUUUAAAAAAUUUAGACACAAAUUAUCUGAGUUUGCCUUUGAUGACAAACCCUCAAUCCCCUGGAGUAAACUGGAGAAGGCUGACAGGAUAGAUGCUGCGAGACUCCUGAAAGAACACUAUGGUCAGGAGAGUGCUGUGGACGUAGCUAUCAAAAUCUUCUCUACCCUCAAUCUCAACAACUCUGCCUUGAAACUCGAACAGGGAAAAAAGACAGCUUUGGGUCCUCAGCAAACUCCUGAAACAUCAGCAAAUGCUUACAGAGAGAAGUAUAGAGAACAUAUACGAAACAAAUACAGCGCAAUAAAAGACAUGAACACUCGUCUUGGUGAGAAUGUGAAGCUAAACAACAGAUACACAAAGCUGAUCAUUGUAAAUGAACAUCGUCACAAAAAGCAGAGAGAACAUGAAAUAAUGGCCUUGGGACGGAAACAUGCAGAAAUCAUGGCUGAGCAUGCUAGUCCUAUCACCAUAGCCAAUUUAUUUGACUCUGAUAAAGAUGGACAGUCACCACAAAUUGUCGUGCUGCAGGGAGCUGCAGGGAUUGGAAAAACACUGACAGCAAGAAAGAUCAUGUUGGACUGGGCAAAUGAAGAACUGUAUCAGAGCAGGUUUGAUUAUGUUUUCUACAUAAAUUGUAGGGAACUUAACUUUGUCAGUGAGCAGGGACGUGUUGAAGAUUUGAUCUUCAAGAACUGUCCUGAUCAAAAUGCACCAACUAAAGAGAUUUUGAUGAAUCCAGAAAAACUCCUGUUCAUAAUUGACGGUUUUGAUGAACUGAGUUUUUCCUUUAAUCGGUCAGAAAGUAAUUUCUCCUUUGAUCCCUGUGAGAAGCAGCCAGUGGAAAUUAUACUGAGCAGUUUAUUUAGGAAAAAAGUGCUUCACAAAUCCCACUUAAUAAUUACUACAAGGCCAACAGCUCUGGAGACACUCAGGCAGUGGUUGGGAGAUGAACGUUGUGCAUAUGCAGAGAUCUUGGGAUUUUCUAAAGAUGAGAGAAAAGAAUAUUUCUACAACUUCUUUGACAAUGAAGAACAAGCAAUAAAAGCCUAUAACUUUGUAAAAGAUCGUGAAAUGCUCUUCACCAUGUGCUUUAUUCCCAUUGUGUGUUGGAUCAUCUGCACUGUUCUGAAACAACAGAUGGAAGCAGGUGAAGAUCUUGCACAAACUUCAAGAACGGUCACUGAUGUCUACAUGCUCUAUCUCUCCAGUCUGAUGAAAGGUCACAGCAGUAAUUCAAAGCAACAGAUACAAAUGAACUUGAAGGGACUUUGUUCCUUGGCUGCAGAUGGAGUAAAGAGGCAGGAAAUACUCUUUAAGGAAGAUGAAAUCAAGCAGCAUGGCUUAGAUACAGCUGACUCUCUCUUUCUGAAUGAGAACAUGUUUCAGAAAGACAUUGGCUGUGAAUAUGUCUACAGCUUCAUUCACUUGAGUUUUCAAGAAUUUUUUGCAGCUUUAUCUUGUGUGUUGCAGAAAGAAGAAACAACAGUGGAAGAUUCAGAAACUAUUCUGAAAAAUGUCAAGAUGUUGUUGAAAAGGGAUACAAACAAUGGGAAUUCUUCCACAUUAACAGUGCGAUUCCUGUUUGGUCUUUUAAAUGAUGCGAGAAAGGAGGAUUGGGAGAAAAUACUUAGCUGUAAAAUUUCACCACUAAUUAAAGAAAUUUUACUAAAGUGGGUUGAAGAAAAACCCAUUUUGUCAUUGUUCAGUUACGUUGGUGAGAAGACUAUUUCCUAUCUUGAGGAGUUGCACUGUUUGUAUGAAAUUCAAGAAAAAAAAUUUGUGCAGAGUGCAAUGAAUCGUUACACUGAGCUAAAAUUAACUGACCAUUACUUUACCAAAAUGGAUCAAAUUGUUCUUUCAUUCUGUGUAAAGCAUUGCUGUAAACUGGAGUCACUUCAUCUAAGUGUGUGUUCCUUUCAAAUGGAAGAUGAAGAUAUGCCAAGACUGUGCAAGCAGCCACAUUGGGCACAUCAUCAGGAUAAGCCGCAUCAUUCUCCUAUUUACCUGCUCUGCCAAGCACUGAAGGCUUCAAACUCUAAUUUAAAGACUCUAAACUUGUGGAUGUGUGAUCUCCCAAGUGCUUCCUGCAUGGAUCUCGCCUCUGUCCUCAGCACCAGCCAGAGCCUGACAGAGUUGGAUCUGGGUGCUAAUAACCUGGGAGAUGCCGGAGUGAAGCUGCUGUGUGCGGGACUGACAUACACAAACUGCAAACUGCAGAAACUGGGCUUUGAGGAGUGUGAUCUCACAGACACUUGCUGUGGGGAUCUCGCCACUCUUCUCAGAACCAACCAGAGCCUGACAGACCUGAAGCUGGGUGGUAAUAAAUUGGGAGAUGCCGGCGUGAAGCUGCUGUGUGAGGGACUGAAACAAAACUGCAAAUUACAGAGCCUGAACUUGGAGGAGUGCGGUGUCGCAGACGCUGGCUGUGGGGAUCUCGCUGCUGUUCUCAGAGCCAGCCAGAGCCUGGCAGAGCUGGACCUAAGUGGUAAUAAACUGGGAGAUGCCGGCGUGCGGCUGCUGUGUGAGGGACUGACACACCCGAAUUGCAAAUUAGAGAAACUGCGGCUGUGCGAUUGUGGUCUCAAUGCUGCAUGUUGUGGGGAUCUCUCCUCUGUUCUCUGCGCCAGCCAGACCCUGACAUACCUAGAUCUAAGGCGGAACAAACUGGAGUAUUCAGGAAUGCGGCAGCUGUGUGAGGGGCUGAAACAUCCAAACUGCAAACUGCAGAGACUGGGCUUGGAGGAGUGCGAUGUCACAGCUGCUGGCUGCGGGGAUCUCGCUGCUGUUCUCAGAGCCAGCCAGAGCCUGGCAGAGCUGGACCUGCGCGGUAAUGAUUCUCUGGGAGAUGCCGGCGUGCAGCUGCUGUGUGAGGGAUUGAAACAGCCAAACUGCAGAUUAGAGAGACUGCGGCUGUGCGAUUGUGGUCUCAAUGCUGCAUGUUGUGGGGAUCUCUCCUUUGUUCUCUGCACCAGCCAGACCCUGACAUACCUAGAUCUAAGGCGGAACAAACUGGAGUAUUCAGGAAUGCGGCAGCUGUGUGAGGGGCUGAAACAUCCAAACUGCAAACUGCAGAGACUGGGGGUGGACUUUGGCCAUCCAACUCCAGAGAUGGAGGCAGAGCUGGAUGCUGUGAAAAAGAUAAAACCUGGUUUGAACAUAAAGAUAUAGCUGGAGGACUGAGUGGGAGCCAUUGCACCAACAUGGCUCUGGGAUUAUGAAAUGGAGGGGUCUGGUAACAUCCCCCCCCCCCACCCUUUUAGUUUCUCACUGCAGGGGGGUGACCCAGGAACCAUCUUUGGAUCCAGAUCCUCUUCCAAUAGCUCAGUCAUUAUUUGUUGUAUGUUUCUUCCCCUACCCCUCACCCUCAAUUUCAUACAAUUCCCAGUCGUUAAGGCAGCAUUCUGUGUCUGUCUCCAACAUUUGUUUAUGCCAAAUGGAUGGUUUUGGGUCAGUUUUGCUGCAGCUCAAUAAAGAUCAUGAAUCAAGAACUAA